AUGGCAUAUGCAAAAGGAGUGGUAGACUGUACCCGAGAGCCCGAUACGUCGCGGCUCAAGGGGAAGAGCGUCGUCAUCACAGGAGGUGCGAAUGGAAUGGGUUUGGAAGCUGUCAAGCUGUUUGCUCAGGCUGACGCCUUUGUGACAUUCUGCGACGUGAAUGAGGCCGAGGGCAAAAAGGUAGAGGCGCAACUUGGACUAACCAACGUCAACUUCGUCAAGGCCGAUGUGACCAAGUGGGAAGACCAGGUGCAAGUGUUCAACGCCGCCAAAGCAAAGUCGCCGCACAACAGCGUCGAUGUCGUCAUUGCCAAUGCGGGAAUCAGCGGCGCAGAUAUUCUUCACAAGGUGGACGACAGCGAUGAAGCGGUCAAGCCAGAACUGAGUAUCGUCAACAUCGAUCUCAUCGGCGUCAUGUACACGCUGAAGCUGGCGCGCCAUUACUUUGCCCGGCAGCCCGACACUGAGGAGAGAGAUCGAUGCUUUAUGAUCACGGCCAGCCUGGCCGGGUUUAUGGACUUGCCUGAGUCGCCACAGUACACGGCGGCGAAAUGGGGAUGCCGUGGUCUGAUGCGUUGCCUUCGUCGGACCAGUGUUCUGGACAAGACGAGAUACAACAAUAUCUGUCCGUGGUUCAUAUCGUCCGCCAUCCGCCCUCCCCAAGUCGAAGCCUACUACUUGAGCAAAGGUAUCUCAUUCUGUCAAGGCUCCGACGCCGCCCGGGCCAUGGUAUACGUCGCCAGCGAUAAAUCCAUCAAUGGCCGAUCUUUGGCCAUUCUCCCGCGAGAAAUCGCCGCCGCAGGGUUCAGGGACGUGGACCUGGAUGACUACGAGUACGGGGAUUUGCUAGAUACGUUUCAGAACCAGUUGAUUGCCAUCAAUCGGAAUUUGAACGAUGCGGCGGCAGCCACUGCAAGAUAG